AUGGAGGACAUACUAGCAGCCGCAGCUCAACCGGGCUCCCUCUAUGUUCUUAGAUUGUUCCAACCCUUGUUGAAGCUUUGGACCAAAACCCACAAUUACCUAAAUUAUUCUGACCCUCAUGUACUACAACCAACCCUUGAUCAGCCUCUGCAAUGCAACAAAGGACAAGAUGAACCGUUGCUGGGAAAAGAAGAAGUGAAGAUGGUGAUGGAAAGGCUCGGACUAUGCUACCAAGAUGAGGGAGAUGAUGUUAUUACUAAUGAAGACAUGGUUGGAGCAGAGGAGGUUUCAAGAGUGUUUAGUGAGGCGGAGCCAAGCUUGGAGGAGGUGAAGGAAGCCUUUGAUGUGUUUGAUGAGAACAGAGAUGGGUUUAUAGACGCAGCUGAUUUGCAGAGAGUUUUGUGCAAUCUGGGUUUGAAGGGGAAGUUUGGAUUGGAGAAAUGCCGGGGGAUGAUCAAGGCAGUAGACAUGAACCAAGAUGGACUGGUUGAUUUUGAAGAGUUCGUCGAACUCAUGGACAACUAG